AUGUCUCAGAACAUCUCGCAUUUUGAGAAACUCUGUGAAAGUGAUUUUCUGUUUAAGUUCUUGGUCAUAGGGAAUGCUGGAACCGGAAAAUCCUGUUUACUACACCAAUUUAUUGAAAAGAAAUUCAAAGAUGACUCAAAUCAUACUAUAGGAGUGGAAUUUGGUUCAAAGAUCAUAAAUGUCGGUGGUAAAUAUGUAAAAUUGCAGAUAUGGGAUACAGCAGGACAAGAGAGAUUCAGGUCUGUAACAAGGAGUUACUAUAGAGGAGCUGCAGGUGCUUUGCUUGUCUAUGAUAUAACCAGCCGGGAAACCUACAAUGCACUUACUAAUUGGUUGACAGAUGCAAGAAUGUUAGCAAGUCAAAAUAUUGUGAUAAUACUGUGUGGAAACAAAAAGGAUCUUGAUGCAGAUCGUGAAGUUACUUUUCUAGAAGCAUCCCGGUUUGCACAAGAAAAUGAGCUGAUGUUCUUGGAAACAAGUGCACUAACGGGGGAGAAUGUUGAAGAGGCCUUUGUACAGUGUGCAAGAAAAAUACUCAAUAAAAUAGAAUCAGGAGAAUUGGAUCCAGAAAGAAUGGGCUCAGGUAUUCAGUAUGGAGAUGCUGCCUUGAGACAGCUGAGAUCACCACGUAGAGCACAAGCACAAAGUGCUCAAGAAUGUGGGUGUUAAAGAAACAAAAUACAAAAUUCCAAAUACUCACUUUAGAUACAGAAGCUGUCCUUGCAAAUGGUGUUUGAAGAAACAGAAAAGCUUGAAGGCUAUGCAGUUUUUAAAAACAUCUUUCCACUAUCUACAAACAGAGCAGACCACUGCUGACAGAAAGGUGUACCGUGUGGUGUGGGGCAGGAAUGUUCACGUGACACAAAAGUCUGCAAAGCGAACUUGAUAAUUCAGUGGACAAUAUUAAGACUCAUACCUGUAUGUAAACAUUUUCCAUUACCUAUUUUUGUUCCUUCACCUCUAGUUUAAAGCAUUGCUAUAUACUGUAAAUAAUGUAACAGUAAAUUUACAAAGCAUGGUAUACUUACGUAUGCUGAUAGAAUGUUGCACUACAAGCAGUUUAAUAUUUUAUUUUUUUAUCAUAUAAACAAAUUUAACUGAGGUAGGCUUUGUCAUGUUUGUUUGUUUGCACAAUAGUUUAUAUUUAUGACCUGAAUUACAAAACCACUGGCACUGUCAGUGAGGGGUUGUUGUUUUAUUUUUUCCUACUUAGUUGGCCACAUAACAAGCUGUUGACAUGACUGAUUCUCAACAUAUGAUUAGGACCCAUACUUCAGUUUACUAAUAUGUCAAGUUGGAAAAGUAAUUUUUAUUGAUGUUCACAUAUUCUACUUUAUCACUGUUCUUGAAUAACUUCUGAAGCUCUUUUAUCCAACUUCAAAAGUUUAGAAAAAAUAAGUCUCUCAAAUGGCUGUUGACUGACUUGGGUUUUUUUUCUUGGUCCUGAUGUUUUGUAUAGCACUGGCAUCGUGAAGGUGGAAUGUGUACGUGAACAGAA